AGUUGUGAUAAACUUAUGGUUUCAGUGGUUUCUCAUCUACUCAACUCAAUCUCUCUGAACUAAAAAAAUGGCUGCCGCUGCUAAUUCCGUUAUUAUAUCACAAAACCUAAUUAAGAACUGCAAACACAAUUUUUUCAAUCCUCAAUCUCUCAUUUCAAUCCCUAAUAGUAGUUAUUGUUCAGUUCGCUUACGAGCCAAAUUAUCGCAUCAGAAAACCACCACCACAUCACCUGAAAACUCUCCUCCGCCUAAGAAACCUAAACCCUCAGUUACUCGUGCGCCGGAGCCACCGAGUUCGGAUUCGAAUUCUGGUUUCUUUGGCAGUUUAAGUGAUUGGUUGAAGGUUGAUGGAAUUAGUAUUGAGAUAUGGUCAAUAGCAUUGCCUGCUGCUCUUGCUCUGGCUGCUGAUCCGAUUACUUCGUUGGUUGAUACUGGAUUUGUUGGUCAUAUUGGAUCUGUUGAAUUGGCGGCAGUUGGGGUAUCCGUUACGGUAUUUAAUCUGGUUUCGAAGCUGUUUAGUGUUCCAUUACUUAAUAUCACCACUUCAUUUGUUGCUGAAGAGCAAGCAUUGUUAAGUAGUACAUGCAAUGGAAAUGAUGGUUCUGGUCAACUUUCUGAUGAUUUUGAGAAUCAGAAACAAGGAAAGACAUACCUUCCAGCUGUGUCUACUUCUUUAGCACUUGCUGCUGGUGUUGGUAUAGCUGAAGCUGUCACACUCUUUUUUGGCUCGGGUUUUUUGAUGAAUAUCUUGGGUAUACCUGUUGAUUCGCCAAUGCGAGUACCAGCUGAGAACUUUCUUGCUUGGAGGGCCUUUGGUGCUCCACCCAUUGUAAUUGCACUAGCUGCACAAGGAACGUUUCGUGGACUUAAGGACACUAAGACACCUCUUUAUGCCAUCGGGGCUGGCAAUUUGCUCAAUGCAAUAUUGGAUCCAAUAUUAAUUUUUGUGCUUGGUUUUGGCAUUGGUGGUGCUGCAAUUGCUACUGUGACUUCUGAAUAUCUUAUUGCUUUUAUUCUCCUGUGGAAAUUGAGUAGCAAAAUGUCAUUCGUUUCUCCAAAUAUUGAUGGGAGAAGAGUUGUCAGCUAUCUAACUUCUGGUGGUCUCCUUAUUGGCAGGACCAUAGCAGUGCUUUUAACAAUGACACUAGCCACCUCCAUGGCAGCUUUGGAGGGGCCGAUACCAAUGGCUGGUCAUCAAAUCUGUAUGGAAGUUUGGUUGGCAGUAUCAUUACUUAAUGACGCUUUAGCUCUUGCUGGUCAGGCUCUUCUGGCCAGUGAUUUUUCGCAAGGAAAUUAUGUAGAAGCACGUCAAGUGAUAUACAGAGUUCUUCAGAUUGGUGUAGUGACUGGAAUUGCUUUGGGUGGAAUAUUAUCGCUGGGGUUUGGAGCAUUUUCUAGCUUGUUCAGUUCAGACUCGGAAGUUCUGGAGAUUGCUUGGUCUGGUAUUUGGUUUGUUGCUGGGUCUCAGCCAAUUAAUGCUAUAGCUUUUGUUCUUGAUGGUCUCUACUAUGGCGUUUCAGACUUUGGAUAUGCUGCCUACUCAAUGGUGCUAGUAGGAUUGAUCUCCUCUGCAUUCAUAUAUGUGGCUGCUCCCAUCUAUGGGCUUCCUGGAGUCUGGGCAGGCUUAUUUAUUUUCAUGACCUUACGUGUUGUGGCCGGAAUAUGGAGGUUGGGCACAAAAACAGGGCCAUGGAAACUGCUCUGGGAUAAAGCUGAGUAGAAAAGUGAGUGAAAUGUUAUGCUCAUACAUUGAAUUGAGGGUUGCGACCUGGAACACAGAGGCCAAAUGAUCAACUGCUUAAUUACAUCCUACAGCCACACAGGCGACUUUUAUUAUCUCUCCAUGACAUCAUCCUCUUCGAAUUGUAAAAUUCGAUCCAGUUAUUGAGGCGAUCAUCAUCCUUUGGAGAGUGGUUUACACCCGUUGUCCAGCAUUCAAAUCCUGACCGCAUUUGCAAUGUUGCUUGCUUGAGUAAAGCACCGGAUUAUGAAACUGUUGGUAGAGUUAUAGCUGAUGUUUUGGCUGAUCGGCUCUAGAGAUGUACAUAAUUCGUGUAUUCAAUUGGAAAUCACUAUAAUUAUUAAUUGGCUUUAUGAAUGAA